GACCUGCUAGCGUUUUGAUCUCUCUCCGAUACCCGGCCAGCGGGAGCCCGGGCGACGGCCUCGGAGGUGAGCCGCAAGGAAGAUGAGGAUCCUCAUUAAGGGAGGUGUUUGGAAGAACUCGGAGGAUGAAGUCCUCAAGGCAGCGGUCAUGAAAUAUGGCCUCAACAACUGGCCGCGCGUCGCCUCCCUCUUGGCCAGGAAGAGCCCCAAGCAGUGCAAGUCCAGAUGGUACGAAUGGCUGGAUCCCAGCGUCAAGAAGACUGAGUGGACCCGCGAGGAGGAGGAGAAGCUGCUGCACCUCGCCAAGCUCUUCCCCACUCAGUGGCGCACCAUCGCGCCCAUCGUGGGUAGAACAGCCUACCAGUGCCUGGAGCACUAUGAGAAGUUGCUGGAUCAGGCGCAGGGCAAGGACGAGAUGGACGAGAAUGACCCCCGUCGGCUGAAGCCUGGUGAGAUCGACCCGCAUCCCGAGACCAAGCCUGCUAGGGCUGACCCCAUAGACAUGGACGAAGACGAGAAGGAGAUGUUGUCAGAGGCACGGGCGAGGCUGGCCAACACUCGCGGCAAGAAAGCCAAGAGGAAGGCGCGAGAGAAGCAGCUGGAGGAGGCCCGGCGCCUGGCGGCUUUGCAGAAGCGCCGUGAGCUGAAGGCUGCGGGCAUCUCCACAGCCAGACGGUACAAGUCGCGGAAGUUCAUAGACUACGGUGAGGAAGUGCCGUUUGAGGCUCAGCCGCCCGUGGGCUUCCACGAGGUCGGCCCUGAGGAGACUCCAAAGAUCUCCAUGGGCCUUGCAAACGUGCGGCUCCAGGCGAUCGAGAACCGGAGCCGUUUGGACGAGGAGAAGCGAAGGCGCAAGGACGAUGAGCGGAAGCUAAAGCGCCUGAAGGAAGAGAAUCUACCACAGGCCAUCGAGAUGAUGAACAAAUUGAAUGACCCCCAGCAACUGCACAAGCGCACGGCGCUGGCCCUCCCAGCGCCGCAGCUCAACGACGAGGAGCUGGAGACCAUCGUCAAGAUGGGUGCGGAUGCGGCGGCAUUGCAAGCAGAGAGUGCCGACAGCUCCACGGCGGGCCUGGUGCAGAGCUAUGGCGAUACGCCGGGCUCCACGCCCGUGCGCACCCCGAGGCGGCCGGACCCUGUGCUCCUGGAGGCUCAGGUCCAGGCUGGGGUGACGCCAAGGCCGGAGCCGGGUUCCGCCUCGGGCGCCACGCCGGGGGCGACUCCGGGCCCGGUGACGCCCAACCCGCUGGUCAACGCCACGCCGGGGCUGCGCGGCACCCCGGGGGCCACGCCGGGGCGCGGCAUGACACCCGGACCAGGAGGCGCUACGCCAGGCGCCGCCUCGUCCUCGAACUCCCUGCGUGACGGCUUGACACUGAACCAGGAUGAGGAGAUGGAGGAGAUGCCAGACAAGCUUCGCAGGGCAAACUUGCGAAUGCAGAUGCAAGCAGCGCUUGGCAGCCUGCCGGCGCCCAUGAACGAAGUGGAGAUCUCCAUGCCAGAGCUCAUGGAGGAGGAGACCGACGGGCAAGCGCCUCUGGAGGAGGAUGCCGCGGAUGCCGACAAGCGCCGGGAGCGCCAGGAGCAAGAGCGGCUGGAGAUUGAGCGGCAGAAGCAGAGCCAGCCGGUGAAGCUUGGCUUGCCCCGGCCCGUACAAACCUCCAUGAUGAUCUUCGAAAGCUCUGCGGCGCAGGCCGGCGAGGCACUGAGCGGACCGCAGCACCUGCUGCAGCAGGCAGAGGCCAUGUUGCACGAGGAGAUGGGCAACAUGGUCACCCGUGACGCGGUGCUCUUCCCUGUAAAGGGUGCAAAGCCGCCAAAGAAGGCGCCGGCACCUGAUGUGGAUCUCAGCUUGGAAGAGUUGAAAUCUGCAGGGGAGAUGCUGGAUGAGGAACUUCAUACUUUCUCCCAGGCUGCUGGUGGUAAGAUCAGUGCGGAGGCUGCGGUGCAGGCAGCCUAUGAGGAUGGCCUCCUGAACCAGUUUGUCUUCCUGCCCACGGCCAAGCGGUAUCUAGAUGCACGGCUGAUGGGCAAGAAGGAGCGGGCCGAGGCGGCAAAGCACCGGUUUGAGAUAUCCGAUGGUAUGCAGCAGAAAGAGGUGAAGAAGGUCAAGAAGCUUGAAGAGAAGAUGGAAAGAUUACUGGGAGGAUACAUGACCAAGGCCAGACAAGCUUUGCUGCACAUCCGAAAGCUUUCCGAGGAGCGCGAGACGGUAGCCAUCGAGACAGAGGUCUUCGAGACUCUGCGCGCCAGAGAGGAGAAGGCGAUCCAAACCCGGGUGGAGGAGCUGCAAGAGCAGGUGGAGCAUGAAAAGGGCCGCAAUCAGAAGCUACAGAACCGCUACAAGGCGCUAAAGAUGCUACAGAAGCAGAUCGACGAGCGGCUCCAGUGAAGCACCAGGGAGUGAGUGCCGAGGGCAAUGACAAUUCACAUGGACAGCGCAGGAAUGCAUACUGCCAUUGCCCGUGCUGACAAAUGCCCACGGACAGGUUUUUGUUUGUAGAGGCCAUGGAUGGUUCUUGCGGAUUCAAGGACAGCCCCUUCUCAGC